CAAUUAUGUCCUUGUAGAAAGUCCUGGUAUGUUUUUCUGUUCUCAAGAUGUUCAGUCUGAGUGCUGAAUACCGUCAGACUGUAGAGCGGUGCUGGGACAAGAACUACUACAAUGAGCAGAAGAAGCUGAUGAAGCAGUUUUUGGUGCUCCAGAGUCAAGGCCUCCAGAGUCAUGUCCCUCACCACACCACCGUGGAGGACAUGAGCAACUGGCUUGUUAAGAACAAGUCCCUGGAGCGGUUCAGAAAGGAAGCAGAGGAAGGGAAUGACAUAAGUCACCUGACCUGGGAGGUGAACACUCAACUCAGAAUGAGGGACGUUGAACAUGAGGCUUUUACUGAGUUGGCCACCGACCUUAGUCAGGCCAUUAACUCACUUGACUUUACUGCUGAUCUCUCCUACCUAAACCCUGAGGUCUGCGAUGAAGUUGUAAAAGCUCUAAAGAGCAUUUCCCAGAGCCUGGCCUUCCAGCCGUACUCCGAGCUGUGCUGUCCCUCUAAGGUGGUGGUGGACAUCGUGUCCAGGCUGCUCCAGGCCCUCUGGUCCUGCCAGAUGGAAAGCCCCUGUGUCCAGUCCUCCAUGGCCCUGAGCGACAUGAGUGUCACCAUAGUGCUGGCAGUAGUGGAGAACCUCUCUAGAGUUCUGAAGGCUCCUCCUGUCGCUCAAGUCUACUACUCCCGUUCCACUGGUGUCAGGAUGGUCCACUCACUCAACCGUAAGAUCCAGUGCCUAAGCAGCCCUGAGGACCUUAGGAGAGCUCUUUUCACCCAAAGUUCCACCUUGAUCAGCACCAUCAUUGAAGCUGUGAGCACCAAAGUCCAGAGGCUGUUUGAAGCUCCUGCUGACUACAUUCCAUUAAGCUCUAUCCGCAGCUGGCUAUCAGAGCCCAAGGCGAGCGAGGUUCGUCCAAAGUGCCCUGACCAGCUGGUAAUCUCCUCGGAGAUCCUGAGGAACAUCAUUGGUAUGAUAGUUUAUGUAGUCUUCGAAGGCCACCUAGAGGAAGACAUCAACCUUCAUUACUGGCCCCUCAUAAACGACAUAAUCCACCAGCUGUCACUGUGUGGGGUCAAAGUCACAAAGAAAGGGGGCAAGGCCAACUGGCACAUUGGCUGGUACCAGAUCCUUGAGAUGGUGACAAACAUCCAUACUCAUCUUCACCACUAUACUGGCACAGAGCUGGUACUAAAGUUUGCAACAUCUGCCAGGGCCACCAUGCUAACGAGGCACAUGGUUCACCAUGUGGUCGAGGAGCUGGUAAAGCUGAAGGACGUGGAUGAAGGGACACCAGCUUCAGGGAGCAGUGAGUCUGUCACAGCACCCCUAAUCACUAACCCCCUCAAACUGGACAACAUCACAACAACCAAGACCAUGACUCCAGCUGACCUCCAGUCAGGGAAUGUUGUGGUAAAACACUCAGCACCCUGCAUUCCACCUGCAGGCUUUGCCCCGGCACCAUGCAUAUUACCCCCAGGAAUUGCCACUGCAUCCUGCACCCCACCACUGGGAUUUGCCCCGACAUCCUGCCCCCCACCACCAGGCUUUGCCCCUCUAUCAUGCCCCCCACCACAAGGCUUUGCCUCUCUAUCAUGCCCCCACCACCAGGCUUUGCCCUUCUAUCCUGCCCCCACCACCAGGCUUUGCCCUUCUAUCCUGCCCCCACCACCAGGCUUUGCCCCUCUAUCCUGCCCCCCACCACCAGGCUUUGCCCCUCUAUCCUAUCCCCCACCACCAGCCUUUGCCCUUCUAUGCUGCCCCCCACCACCAGGCUUUGCCCCUCUAUCCUGCCCCCCACCACCAGGAUUUUCCCAGGUAUCAUGUCCCCCACCACCAGGCUUUGCCCCGACAUCAUGCCCCCCACCACCAGGGUUUGCCCAGGCAUCCUGCCAGCCACCACCAGCCUUUGCCCCUUCCUGCCCCCCACCACCAGGCUUUGCCCCUCUAUCCUGCCCCCCACCACCAGGAUUUGCCCAGGCAUCAUGUCCCCCACCACCAGGCUUUGCCCCGGCAAAGUGCCCCCACCACCAGGCUUUGCCCUUGCAUUGCAGGAUUUACCCAGGCAUCCCCCCACCACCAGGCUUUGCCCAGGAAUCAUGCCCCCCACAAUCACUGUUUAACACGCCAUCAUGCCCCCCACCACCAGGCUUUCCCCCGGCGUCAUGCCACCCACCACCAGGCUUUCCCCCGGCGUCAUGCCACCCACCACUCACUAUCGCGGAUCAUAUCUGCACUCUAAUUCAGAGCAUCACUGCCAGAUCCAACAACAUCGUCAACAAGGAGUUGGAGAAGUGUAUCGACUCUUAUAGUAAGAGCAUCUGGGCUGACACUUUCUACUGUGAGUACAUGAAGAUGUACCCAUCACCCCAGGGGAUUGAAGCCUUCUCAUUUGAUGAGGAGAGAUUUUUAGUGGUGGCCAACAUAAUCGGCAGAAUAUUGCUGAACAACCUCCAGCUAGAGAUGCUCCUCUCAGUGGAAGACUUCAAUGAGGAUGAAGUAGGGAGCAGUGGGUCUGUGGACAUGAUCCGGGCAAUCCCAGAGACCCCUAACCCUGAUAAAGUGGUAGACAUCACAACACCCCUGACCACUAAUCCAGUCAACCUUGAGGUUUUGGAUGAAACAGUUGUCCUUCAGUCAGGCUUUGCCACGGCACACUGCACCCCACCACCAGGCUUUUCCCUGGCAACCUGCACCUCGUCGCCAAGCUUUGCCGUUAAUGCCAUGCAGGGCUUUGGCACCAAAGUCAUCCUGAAACAAAUGGUCCUGCUAUUCUUGGAGAGGCUCCCUCCUUCGUCAGAGGACCUUGAGUCAGAGUUCCUGACUAUCACUGAUCGUAUCUGCACGCUGUUUCAAAGCAUCACUGCCAGAUUCCACAACAUUGUUAAUGAGGAGCUGGAGAACUGUACCGACUCUGACAGUAAGAAGUACUGGGCUUACACCUUCUACUGGGAGUACAUGAAGAGGUACCCAUCAUCCCAGUGCCUGGGGAUUGAAGCCUUCACAUGUGAUGAGGAGAGAUGUUUAGUGGUGGCCAAAAUGUUUGCAAAGAAGAUGUGUCCCAAGAUGCUCCCCUCAGCAGCAGACUUCGACGAGGCUGAAGAUUCAGGCAGCAAUGGAUCUGUGGACUUGAACCUGGCGAUCCCAGAGACCCCUAACCCUGUCAAAGUGGUAGACAUCACAACACCCCUGACCACUAAUCCAGUCAACCUUGAGGUUUUGGAUGAAACAGUUGUCCUUCAGUCAGGCUUUGAAACGGAACACUGCACCCCACCACCAGACUUUACCCCAGCACCCUGCAUUCCACCCCCAGGCUUUGCCCUGGCAACCUGCACCUCGUCGCCAAGCUUUGCCGCUAAUGCCAUGCAGGGCUUUGGCACGAUAGUCAUCCUGAAACAAAUGGUCCUGUUUUUCUUGGAGAGGCUCCCUCCUUCAUCAGAGGACCUUGAGUCAGAGUUCCUGACUAUCACUGAUCGUAUCUGCACGCUGUUUCAAAGCAUCACUGCCAGAUUCCGCAACAUCGUUAAUGAGGAGCUGGAGAAGUGUACCGACUCUGACAGUAAGAAGUACUGGGCUUACACCUUCUACUGGGAGUACAUGAAGAGGUACCCAUCAUCCCAGUGCCUGGGGAUUGAAGCCUUCACAUGUGAUGAUGAGAGAUGUUUAGUGGUGGCCAAAUUGUUUGCAAAUAAGAUGUGCCCCAAGAUGCUCCCCUCAGCAGCAGACUUCGACAAGGCUGAAGAUUCAGGCAGCAAUGGAUCUGUGGACUUAAACCUGGCAAUCCUAGAGACCCCUAACCCUGUCAAAGUGGUAGACAUCACAACACCCCUGACCACUAAUCCAGUCAACCUUGAGGUUUUGGAUGAAACACUUGUCCUUCAGUCAGGCUUUGCCCCGGCACCCUGCAUUCCACCUCCAGGUUUUUCCCCAGUACCCUGCAUUCCACCCCCAGGCUUUUCCCCAGGACCCUGCAUUCCACCCUCAGGCUUUGCCCUGACAUCCUGCACAUCAUCGCCAAGCUUCGCCACUAAUGCCAAGCCAGGCUUUGGCACGAAAAUCAUCCUGAAACAAAUGGUCCUGCUAUUCUUGGAGAGGCACCCUCCUGCAUCAGACGACCUUGAGUCAGAGUUCCUCACUAUCGCCGAUCGUAUCUGCACGCUGUUUCAAAGCAUCACUGACAGAUUCCGCAACAUCGUUAAUGAGGAGCUGGAGAAGUGUACCGACUCUGACAGUAAGAAGUACUGUGCUUACACCUUCUACUGGGAGUACAUGAAGAGGUACCCAUCAUCCCAGUGCCUGGGGAUUGAAGCCUUCACAUGUGAUGAGGAGCGAUGUUUAGUGGUGGCCAACUUGUUUGCAAAGAAAUUGUACCCCAAGAUGUUCCUCUCAGCAGCAGACGUCGACGAGGCUGAAGAUUCAGGGAGCAAUAGACCUGUGGACAUGAACCUGGCAAUCAACGUCAAAUUUGUCCCUAACCCUGUCAAGGUGUUGGAGUUGCUUCAACCCCUGUCACUGCCAGACAUCAAAAAGCCCUUGACCACUAUCCAUGACAAAGUGCUGGACAACACAACAACACCCCUGGUUGAUGCCCCAGUUAAGGUGGACAACAUCACAACACCCCUGGUUGAUGCCCCAGUUAAGGUGGACAACGUCACUACACCCCUGGUUGAUGCCCCAGUUAAGGUGGACAACAUCACAUCACCCCUGGUUGAUGCCCCAGUUAAGGUGGACAACAUCACAUCACCCCUGGUUGAUGCCCCAGUUAAGGUGGACAACAUCACAACACCCCUGGUUGAUGCCCCCGUUAAGGUGGACAACAUCACAACACCCCUGGCCACUAAUCUAGUCGACCUUAAGGUUACGGAUGAACCAGUUGAAUUCCAGUCAGAAGAUGUUGUGGUCAUUGAACCAAAGAAAAGUAGAGUUAUGAGAUUCUUCUGUCGACUUUUCUGCUGCAUAUACGAAGAUGAUUUGAUGGUGUGA